CUGUGACAGUCGAGAUUGAGAACAAGAAAGAAGUGAGACAGAGAAGCAUGAUGGAUGAAUUCAGAUGGAUUCAAAUGUUUGUGUGUCUGAUGCUGAUGAUUCAGAUUCCAGUAUCUGUAACUGUUACCUCCAUUUUUAUGAAAGUUGGAGAUGACGUCACUCUGCCUUGUCUAAAUGUGGUAAAUGAAAAGAAUAACUGCGAUGGUACUACGUGGACCUUUGCUUCAAGAAACAAACAAACAGCAGAGCUGAUCACACUUGGACAGAUUGGUGAAAAUCCCAAAACUAAAUCAGACAGAUUGAGUGUUACAGCGAACUGUUCUCUGGUUAUAAAGAAGCUCACGGUUGAGGAAGUUGGUCAAUAUUCCUGUGAUCAUCACAAAUUACGAGAAAUACAAACACAACACACUCUGUUUCAUCAGUCUCAGGUUGAUCUCUCUGCUAUUACCUUGACUGAACAUAAGGAAACUGAUAAGGUGACGUUAAGCUGCUCUGUGGUGACACAUGCAGAGUGUCAUCACACAGUGAAGUGGCUGAUUGGAGGUCGAGAUGUGAACAAAGAGAGCAAACAAAUAGUGACUUCACAGACUGACUGCUCCACCACUCUGUCUUUUCUGAUUUAUCACCAUAUUUACAACUCAAGAUAUAACACUGUGAAGUGUGAAGUGACUGAUACCAAAACAGGGAAAGUGCAACUGUUUACCCUUAGCCAUCAGCCCUCAGGUGAGGAAACAGGUGACAAUAAAACUACACAGAAACCAACAAGAACAACUGAAAGCAGCACAAAAUCACAAACAACCACAACAAUGAUGAAAGAUGCUUCACAAGAUUUUUCUGCAUCCUUGAGAUUCAUUAUUGUUUCUGUGGGUUUAGCAGCACUUUUAAUAACUACUGUGACAAUCAACAUAUGGACAAGAACUACUGGGAACAAAACACAGACGAAUAAAACCACAGGACUGAGUUUAAACCCUGCAGGGACUCAGUCUGCUCCUCAAACCGUUCCAGACUUGGUGAGUUCACACACUACUUCAUACUUUCACCGCGAGAGAGUUAAAAACAAGAACAUAUACUGAACAGACCAGGAGUUGCAAAAUGUGAGGUCCGGAGUCAUGAUGGAGUUGAUGUAGUGACGUGCAGCACUGUGAAGGCUCCUUCCUCUUCUGUUACAGCCACUCCUGAUCCCAGCAGUGUGCUCUACUGUACAUUUUCCUGUCACAUAGCUGACUGAAAGGUGGGGAUUUUUCAACAAAAGGUCUUUGUUGUAAAUGAGACAUUGACUCUCAAUGUGACCACUAGUAUAAAUAAAGGUUAAGUUUAAAAAAAAAAGUAUAUAUCAUUAACUAGUCUGUAUAUGUACCUCUUCCCCAGUGUUGAAAAUUUUAAAUUCAGAACCUGUUUGCACAUUUCCUGGUUGCUUGAUCAAAAUUUCUGUUAUAAUCAUCAAUAAAUACACCAAAAAUAGUUUAAAUAUAUCUUUUACACUGGUUUUAUGCUGCCAUAUUCUCAAAGUAGUUUAUUGUUUGAUGUCCUGUCUAAAUAACUUCAAUAACCAUUUGUAUUCAUUAAUGAAUAACUGUCUGAUUUCUAAUAUUAAAAGAAAUAGAAACUG